GCUCAGCGCCAGCGAAGUUGCGCACGUCUCUCCGCGCCAGUUCCCCACGAUGGGCAACUCCUGCUUCGGCCUCAAGGAAAAGCUGCUGCAGCGGCUGCGCCCCCUGCCCACCCUGCUCAUCGUCCGCACCAUCAUGCCCCAGAGGAAGCCCAAAGAUCUCUGCGUGGUGAUCCUCGGCUCCCCGGACGUGGGCAAGAGUUCCCUGGUGAAGAGAUGGGUGCGCGGCAACUUCCGCGAGAAGUACGUGCCAACUAUGGAAGACACCUACCACCAGGUGCCCGGCGGCACUCUCAGCAUGAGCACCACGCUGCACAUCACCGACACGGCCGGCGGGCACCGCUACCCGGGCUUGCAGCGCCUGGCCAUCUCCAGGGGCCAGGCCUUCGUGCUGGUCUACUCGGUCACCAGGAAGCAAACGCUGGAAGAGCUGAAGCCCUUCUACGAGCUGAUCCGCGAGAUCAAAGGGAGAAACCUGGGUAAGUACCCCAUCGUGCUGGUGGGCAACAAGUGCGACGACAUCCGCCGCCGCGAGCUGAGCGCCACCGACGCCGUGGCCUUCGCCAUGGAGUGGAAUUGCACCUACCUGGAGACCUCGGCCAAGAUGGAUAUCAACGUGCAGGAGCUGUUCCACGUGCUGCUGAACCCCGAGGAGAAGAAGCCCGCCGCCAGUGCCCAGCCUGCCCAGAAGAAAUCGCAGAUGCCCAAGAUCGUGGAGAAGCUGCUGGGCAAGUGCAUCAUCAUGUAAACCCUGGAUCCUGGCAGCCCGGCCCCCUCCCGGGGCGCGGAGAGAACCUGGACCGAUGCUAGUGCCGCGCGUCACCCCUACUGUCCGUGCUGUAGUUGCGGUUGUAACAGCUAGACGUCAGUAUGUGUUCCUCGUCAGUUAGUCAUGUGUCUUUUUUCCCCAGGCGAGGAAAUGCAGAUUGUUACAACAUUCGGUUUUGGAGGAUGGGGGGGGAAAAGGAAACUAAGUCUUGAUGGACUUUGGAGAUGAAUGUUUGGAAAAGAGAAUGAAAAGUAGCAAAAGAAUGAAUUGAAAGAUGUCACUGCCCUUCUUGUAACCCUGUGUUAUAUGGAUUAAUUGUUAAACAUCUCAAGUUCUGUAAACGUCCAAUCCAACCUUCCCCUUGUGUACUUAGUGAAAUGUGUUUUUGCAACAAAAGCUUUGCUAACUGACUCUGAGACAGAUAUACUAAAUGAGAGAAAUAAAUGACUAUUCUAUAGCUGUGCGUUGGGGGUAGGGGCAGAGAAAAUUUAUGAAAGUGGAACUUGCUUACUAAAGGUGCACCAGUUUCUUAUGUCAUUUAAAAAUGUUUGGAGAGUCCACAUAGCAGUUUAUAAAAAGUAUAAUAGUUCCGUGACUUAAUAAAGCUUUUCCUGC